AUGGGAGUGUCGUCUCGCACUACAUUUUUUGUACUCUUCUUGGCUGCUCUGCUGGCGUUUGUCAAUGAGCGCUACUAUGCCAUCCGCGUCAUAAUAAACAACCAGCCAGACAGGCUGCCCAGCGUCAAAGCAUUCUCGGAUUAUAAGAUUAAACUGCAAGACCAGGUCCGGAACUGCGAAGAUGCUGUGAUUGAUGAAAGUCGCGGUAUUGCGAUUCUCAGCUGCGACCCUGGCCGUGAUAAAUGGAAUACGGUCAUGGGAACAUUCGUGGAUUCGACUAUCCCCGGUUCUUUGUGGGUGUAUAAAUACUCGGAUUUCGACAGCCAGGAAGAACACGCCCACCGACUGCGAGUCGAUGGCUUCAACGAGACUCAAUUGAACGGCUUUCAUCCACUCGGCAUGGAAUACUGGCCGGAAACCAGCACAGUAUAUGUAUCCAACCAUGCGAAAUCAGGUCCAAAGGUGGAGAUUUUCAAACUGAACGAGGAUGAGACUGGCUUCAGCCUUCAGCACCAGCGUACUCUGUCGCAUCCGCUGAUCCACGCGCCAAACUCCCUGGUCGCAGUAUCAGACGAUGAGCUCUACAUGACCAACGACCACAAGUGGAAGAUUGGGGAACAUCCGAAAAAAUCAAUGUUCGAAACAUAUCUCGCAUACCCCGGUGGCUCUAUUGUCUACAUCAACCUCAAGACAAACACAUACAAGGAACUUGCCAAUAUCCCUUUUGCGAAUGGGGUCACAGCCUUGAAUAAAACACAUUUGGCUGUAGCUUCAACCGCGCAACCAUCAGUUAUCAUUUUCAAGAUUGACCCCGAAUCAAUCUCGUUGACUGAGACUGCUAAGCUGCGACCGGCAUUUAUGGUCGACAACCUGAGUACAGAUUCGAAUGGUCACUUGCUCAUGGCAGGGCAUCCCGAUCUGAAGCUUUUGAAGAAUGUCGCAAAGACGAAUCAAUUCUAUGACCUUGACGGAACGGGUGAAGGCAAACCAGAAGCGGAAAGACCAAGAGCCCCCAGUUGGGUUGCAGAGUGGGAUGGAAAUGCAGGGGGCGUCAUCAGAGAUAUCUACGUGGGAACAGAGUACGGAACAGGUUGCACGGCUGCGAGAGACGUCGGUCGCGGACUGGGGAUUGUCUCUGGAUUGUAUGAAAAGGGCAUUUUUGUCUGGAAGGAGUAG